AACUACAAUAAAAAAAUAUUAUUUACUGUAUGUUGUGCAACGAAAAUAAUAAAAAUGUUAAGAGUAGUUAAAACUACAAUUAAUUGGGGAUCUACUCCAAUUAAAUUAGUAGCAAAAAUUGGAGAGAAACCUCCUACAUUAAGAUUGUUUUCAACAGGACACCAAAGAUGGCAAUAUUCUCGGGGAAACGGAUCCACUACUGUUCGCUAUGAGAGUAACAAAAAAAUAACGCCUCUUGGCUGGUUUCUGUUACUCGCGCCUGUGUCCACAUUUGGUCUAGGUUGUUGGCAGGUGAAACGUAAAGCUUGGAAAGAGCAACUAAUAAAAGACUUAGAGCUGCAAACGCAAAUGCCGCCAGUACCUCUACCGGAUAACUUUUCUGAAUUGUCCGCCAUGGAAUAUCGCUUGGUUUCGGUACGCGGGAAAUUUAUUCACGACAAGGAAAUGCUUAUGGGCCCUCGUUCAUUUAUACGUCCCGAUGGCGGAGAAACGGCUGGAGGUUUAUUCUCCCAACGUGAUACGGGUAAUGGCUACCUUGUAAUAACACCCUUUAAAUUAGCUGACCGAGAUGAAAUAAUUUUGAUCAAUCGGGGCUGGGUGUCGAGAAAACACGUCAAACCGGAAACGCGUAUUUCGGGUCAAAUAGACACUGAGGUGGAGUUAACUGGUGUGGUACGCAUGGGCGAAAGUCGCCCACAAUUCUCUCCAGAUCAUAAAGGCGGCAUUUUUCUCUACAGGGAUUUGCCAAAAAUGUGCGCAUUAACUGGCGCAUCUCCGAUUAUGUUAGAUGCCACCUAUGAGUCAUCUAUACCCAACGGUCCCAUAGGUGGACAAACACGUGUCACCUUACGUAACGAGCAUUUGUCGUACUUACUAACGUGGUUCAGCUUAUCAGCAAUUACUUCCUAUCUGUGGUACCGUCAAAUAGUUAAGAGGAUACCAUUUUAAAAGUCGCUUACAAAAUACAGUUUCAAAAGUAAUAUAAUUUAUUGUUUAUACUUUUAUUAUAUUCGUAAAAUGUACUUAGUUACUGCACACAUACAUAAUUGGAAUUUCACGCAUAUUUCAAUGUUUUUUUUUAUUGCAAAAUGAAUUAGAACGAGCAAAAAUGCAAGCUCAGUGCAUGAUUUUAUGUAUUCAGAAAUACCUUUAUGUAAAUUGAACACAAUACAAAAUUGCAUUCACUUAUGUAAGUACCGUUGGCAGGAAAUGAUAUAACUAAUUUCGCCACGCAUGGUGGUAUGAAUAGAAUGGUUGUAGUAUGCAUGGCGGUUUUUAACGGCGACGCAUUUAAACUUUAAAUAUGCUUAAUACAACGUGUUGUUUGUGUUAUUAUAUAAAAUACAUUUUUAGACGUAUACAUGUACACACAUAUUUAGUCAAUAUUUACAAUGAUAAAUGUUACAGCAAAAUAAAUACUGUAUAUAGGCUACA